GAACAGCUGAAGAACGCGAGCGUCCAGAUCGGAUCGCCAUUCCGUUUCAGAUUCAGAUACUCGUUCUCAUUCUCAUUCUCGACUUUAGUUGCUAAUUGUCGCGCCAAGUGCUCCGCUUUGUGUGCUGACCCCAAACACUUGUUGACAUCUCAACAUCGCGAGUUGGGCAAUUCCGUGCCAUCCGUUGGUUUUUUUGUGAUCUAGUUCUAUGACCGCUUCUUCUGUGAAAUGGAUUAGUGAAGUGCAUCUCUACUUUAGCACACAUCCAUAAGAUAGAUCCGCUCGCGUUUCUAAUUCCAACGGUCACGAUUACCUAUUGGAUUCGGAUUGGGAGUGGUGGAGAGUGAGCUUUGCGGUGCAAAAGUUUCCAAUCAUCAGCUGUUUGGGGAGCUUUGGGGUUUAUUUUCCCCCAUCUCCAAGCUGAGAGCACUGCACUUUGCAGAACGCGCGAGAGAGAGAGAUAAAGAGAGAGCGAGAGAGUGCGAGAGAUAGCGGGAGUGGGGCAGGUUUUAUCAGUUUGAAGUACGAUUCAUAGCGAUAAGGAAAAGUCGGCGGCGGGUGUUAAGUCACUUACACAAUUUAUCGCUUCUUCGCCUUUGCGCAAUCGAAUGGAAAGGCGGUUUGCAUUCCAUUCCCGGUUGAAGUAGAAGCCGGACCAUCCGGACAUCAUGAACAAACUACGCUCCCUGCUGCCCGGUCAGCACUCCGGCUCCAAUGGAGCAUCCCGGCACUCCGUGACUCUGGAGCCGGAGAUCGGAUUCCAGAUCACCAUCGACAAACCGAAGAACAGUGAUCAGAGCAAGGGUUCCACGGCGGUGCCCGAACUCAAUGUCCACCUCAUCGCCGCACGACAUCUGCCCUCUCUCUUCGGCUUCAAGAUCGUCCAGGGGUAUCUGAUAAAGGUAAAGCUAUUUCCCGGAUCGAAACGCUUGGACAGCAGUAUUCAGACGAAUACAUGGCCAAAGUUCAAUGAAAACUUCAAGUUUCCCCUGGUGCCAGAUAUCAAAUCCUCCAUGAAGCAUGUGGCUCGACGAACCACAAAUGGACAGGCAAACAGCGCGGAUCAGGAGCCAGAUCAACUCUUCUCCGGUCAAUUUGUGGUGUUCACGGUCUACGCCCUGCUGGAACUGCCGGCAACAAACUUCAAUCGCUUUAACAAGACAUACCGCUCGCUGAAAGACAGAAGCACCAGCUUCGUGCAGCGUUUCGUGGAUCCCACUGCGAGUGCUCCAAGUGAACCAAAGACUGAAGCUGGAGGCAAGCCUGGUGACCAGGGAAAGGGGAAGAAGAAGUCCGAGAGCUCCGCCCGGGAUGCGAUGCCACCGCUGACCAUCAGUGAGUCGCGCCGGAAUAUAGGUUCCGUCACCUGCUACCUGGAAUCGAAGCUCUUCCAGCGCAACAGCCGCACGGGCUGCUAUUCCACGGAAGAGCUGUGGCUGCCCAUAAAAGAUAUCACCACCACGGUGGCCAAGUCGUCACCCAGCAACAACAAUUUGGUUAACUCCACCAAGGGUGUGGUCGAGCUGGCUCUCGAGGUUCGAGAUCUCCUGGAGUGCGAAUCACCUGUGGAUACUUCACUGCCCCCUGCCGCGCCCUCAAACACACCCACCACGCCCACUCCACCUGCCAUCCAUGCGGCCAACAACUGGCAACGGAUGACCGCCGAAGUGAAGCGGAAGAUGGGCAUCAGCAAUGCGGGCAACAGCGACUCCGGCAGAUACCUGCUCCGGGUGACCACCACACGGAUGCGCUGCUCCAACAAGGUCAAGGACGAGCUGGAGGCCACGGCGAGCUCCGGUGUGUAUGUGAAGACCACGGCCUUCGAGCACGGCAUCUACAUUGAUGCCUGGAAGUCGCCCAUCUUCUUUCCCUCCCUCUCCACCAAAUGGGACGAUGGCUCCGGCGAGGGAACGAUAGACAUUCCGCUCCAGCGUCUCGAUCAGUUGGAGGACAUCGUGCUGCGCAUCACAUUGGCCACCAAGAAGAUGGGCAAGAAGCUGGUACUCGGCACCGUCAUAGUCGGCGGUAAUCAGGCUGGAGAUACGGGCUCCGAGCAGAUGCGUCUCAUCCGGGAAUCCCCGCCAGGUCAGCGUGUGGCCGCCUGGCACUGUUACCACUAAAUCGAAUUCAGAGCUACACUCCAAACUAAAUGUAAAUAGCAAAAAUCUUAAGUUAAUUGAUUUAGAAAUUCCUGUCUGCUGUAUGCAUUUGCUUUUCGAUCGUUAAAAAUAUUAAAUUUAAUUGAAUGAA